UCCGAUUUCGUCAUAUUCUCGAAAACACUCAUAACAUUGAAACGUCGUGUCAUUGUCGUGCAUCCUCUAUUCUGGUAACUGGUAAAAUACGAAAUCGAAGAAUGUCUCUCAAUACUGCUCACGCAAAUAACGGUGUGCUGAUUUAUGCUGGAGAAUGUAUUCUGUUGUAUUGCGACAACGUCGUGAUGGAGUUCAGCGGGCAAGAUAGACCAGAGUUUAAGGGUGAUAAAGCAGGCAGGCUCUACUUGACUACUCACAGGAUGAUCUUUAACAGUUCGACAACAAAAGAUCCUCUUCAAAGCUUCAGCUUUCCGUUUUGCACCAUGAAAGAUGUUGAACUGGAACAACCCAUGUUUGGAGCAAACUACAUUAAAGGAAAAGUUCGUGCCCAGCCAAAUGGUGGAUGGGUUGGAGAAGUCAAGUUCAAGCUCCACUUCAAACAUGGUGGAGCCAUUGAAUAUGGACAAGCUAUGUUGCAAGCUGCAAGUAUAACCAAGCGUAAUCAUCAAUAUUCUGAUGAACCACCUGCCUAUCAGCCACCAUCUGGACCAUGGCAUAACGCUCCACCACCAGCCUAUUCUACUCCUAAUGGUGGUUAUUAUGGAUGGGUGCCUCCACCCACGAAUGCAUUUCCCAAUGCUCCUCCAGCAAAUUCAGUUUUCAUGACUGACAUGCCUCCUCCAUACCCUGGAAUUUAUCCUGGAAAUGCUAAUAAUGGAUACGCACCAUCUUCAAAUGAUGCCAAGGCUGCCGAAGCUGCCGCAAGCGGAACUGCCUACUACGAUCCCAAUACUCAUUAUGCUUACGUUCCUCCAGCAUAUUCCAACGAUGCCCCGCCCAGCUAUGAGGAGAGCAAGGACAAGAAAUUCAAAUAAAGAGCAUCCAAAUUCGCAACAUUCACGGAACGACCGACGAGGUCACUGAGGUCCAUGACCCGCUAACUGUACACCCCGAUAGUCUCUCUCUCUCUCACUGCACAAUCUCUGAAAGGUUAAGUUUUUUGUUUUAACGAUAUUAUCGGAUUGGAUCAGCUCCAGCCAAAAUAACACUGCCCCAUCUGUGUGAUGUGCGCAUCAGUCGAUCAAGGAAACCCGAGAGGCCGAGGGAGGUGUUUCUCUUUUUCAAAAUGGGAUUGUCAUGCUCGGAUGCCUUUUACGUAAGAUUUUCCACAAGUCGACCGUGCAUAAUUUGUUUGUUUUUUCGCAGUAAGAAAAAAAGGUCUCGUUUUCCCAUU